GACGCCGCCGCCGCCCGCGCCCCUCCCAGACCCCACCGGCCGCAUGGAGCCCCCGGAGGGCGCCAGCCCGGGAGACACAGUUAAGGAAGGUGAGGUGCCAAAGGCUGCCCUGGGCACCCCGGCCCCUGGAACGGGGGACAGCUGCCACUCGCCUGUGGGCGAGGAGGAGGUGGGCAUCCCAAUACCGGCACCGGGGCUCCUGCAGGUCACGGAGAGGAGGCAGCCCCUGAGCAGCGUCUCCUCCCUGGAGGUGCACUUUGACCUCCUGGACCUCACCGAGCUGACCGACAUGUCCGACCAGGAGCUGGCUGAGGUCUUUGCUGACUCGGAUGACGAGAACCUGACCAGCGAGUCACCGGCAGGCCUGCACCCACUGCCCCGGGCCGGCUGUCUGCGCUCGCCCUCCUGGACGCGCACCAGAGCUGAGAAGAACCGUGAGAAGCAGCCCCUCAGUGACGCUGAGGGGCAGCCAGCAGUUGUGGACACGUUUCUCACCGUGGAGAGGCCCAAGGAGGACUAGGCGGGCCGGCCUCAGGGCUGAGGUGGGGAAACUCAAGACAGUCAUGACCCUGGGGACACUCCACCCGCCCCACGUGGCUCCAGGCCGGGGUCUCAGGGCGCCCCAGCACAAGCACAGCCCAAUGGCCUUAUGUCCAGCUCCUUCCUGGUCCCUGGAUCAGGGACCACAACGCCUGGGGAUGAGAUGGGAGUGGCGUGGGCCUUCUGGAAACUUCUGUCUGUAGGACCGGUGCUCUAGUCUGUCACAGGAUCCCCGAGUGGGCUCUGGGAGAGGGGGACCUGGGUC